AUGAGGAGGACAGAGAGGAAGCAGUGGAUGAAUUGGAACCAGAGAAUGAGGAGGACAGAGAGGAAGAAGAAGUGGAAGAAUAGGAACCAGAGAAUGAGAAGGACAGAUAGAAAGAAGAUGAAUUGGAAAAAUAGGAAGCACAGAAUGAGGAGGACAGAGACAAAGAAGAGGGAGUGGAAGAAUAGGAACCAGAGAAUGAGGUGGACAGAGAGAAAGAAGAAAAAGUGGAAGAAUAUGAGCAAGAGAAUGAGGAAGACAGAGAGAAAGAAGAGGAAGUGGAAGAAUAGGAACCAGAGAAUGAGGUGGACAGAGAGAAAGAAGAAAAAGUGGAAGAAUAUGAGCAAGAGAAUGAGGAGAACAGAGAGAAAGAAGAGGAAGUGGAAGAAUAGGAACCAGACACUGAAGAAAGAAGAAGUAGAAGAAUAG